AUGCCCAAUCUUCCUGAUAUCCGCGAUGAGAUACUCAAAGACAAUGCCAAAUGCAUCAUCAUCAGAAUAAAAUCAGAAGGGUCGGAGCACUGCCGGGACACUGCUUACAGAAUUGUUGGUGAAGUUUUCCUGGACUGGAAACAGGACAACUGUAACUUGUUUCUCGCUAUCCAAGUAUGGCGGAUUUUUGUCAACGUUGAUGUCAAUCGCGACAACUACAACUACGACACGGCGCACAAGGACCAGACCGUUCUUCCCGUAUAUGUACUCCGAAGGCACAGGGAGAAUUGGAAUCUUAUCCGAUGGCCCCAAGAGGAUAGGUCCGUGGCUGUGCAGUUAGCGGAACUGCAUCGGGUUACUGGAUAUGGUUUGGAGAUCUCAUUCUACGAAAACCACAACUCGCAUGUUGGGCACGCCAAUCCGCGCGAGCAUCUCAAGUGA